AUGAAUAAACUUAAGGGAAGACAACUCUUUGAAAAGAUCGGAUGUCCGACAAAGAUCGUCGCACCAAUGGUUGAUCAAUCGGAAUUAGCAUGGAGGAUUCUCUCCAGAAGAUAUGGAGCCACCUUAACAUACACGCCCAUGCUUCAUGCAAAAUUAUUUGCCACUUCUGAAAAAUAUAGGAAAGAUAUGUGGAGUGAAUAUGAUGGAGAUGCUGAUCUUGACAGGCCCUUAGUGGUACAAUUUUGUGCCAAUGAUCCUGAAUAUUUAUUGAAAGCUGCUAAAUUAAUUGAAAAUAAAUGUGAUGCAGUGGAUUUGAAUUUAGGAUGUCCUCAAGGGAUCGCCAGAAAGGGUCAUUAUGGGUCAUUCUUGAUGGAAGAAUGGGAUUUGAUUCAUAAAUUAAUUAAAACUUUACAUGACAAUCUUAAUGUACCUGUUACUGCGAAAAUUCGUGUGUUCCCUGAGAGAGAAAAGACCUUAGAGUAUGCUAAAAUGGUAUUAGACGCAGGAGCACAAUUUUUAACAGUGCAUGGGAGAUUAAGAGAACAAAAGGGUCAAAAGACUGGAUUAGCAGAUUGGGAGAUUAUUAAAUAUUUAAGAGAUAAUUUACCAUCAGAUACAGUAUUCUUUGCUAAUGGGAAUGUAUUAUAUCCAGAAGAUAUUAGUAGAUGUUUAACUUAUAUGCAUUGUGAUGGUGUCAUGAGUGCAGAGGGGAACUUGUAUAACCCAGGUAUUUUUGUUAAUAUUCCUAAUGACGCAACAUGUGAAGAAUUAAAAAAAGCGUUCCCAAGAGUAGACAAAAUUACUAGAGAAUAUUUCGAAAUUGUUAAGAAAUAUCAAGGGUCUCAGGCAUCACGUAUAGCUAUGAAAUCACAUUUUUUCAAGAUUCUACGACCAUUUUUACCAAACCAUGUUGAUAUUAGAACUGAAUUGGCUAAGUUGAAUGCUAAAUCAUCAUUUGAUGUUUGGGAAGAAAAUGUGGUAAAACCUGUUGAAGAUAUUGUUAAAAAAAUAUUCAAUGAAGCGGACAUUGACGAAAAGGAUAAGAUAAUUAAUGGAGAAAUGGAGCUAUGGGGUGGUUGUUAUAAGAAAAUACCGUAUUGGAGAUGUCAACCAUAUUUUAGACCGGUUAAUGGUGUAACCGGCGACAAAAGAUUAGUUGAGAAAUUAAAGAGCGAUUUAGAACGUGAAGCUGUUAAGGAAAGCUGUGACAGUGAUAACAGCAAGAAAAGAAAAUCAGAUAUGGGAUUAGAAAAUUCAACAAAAAAGGAAUUAAAGGUAGCGCCUGUAUAG